AUCUAACUCUAAUUCACAUUUGUACUCUACGCAUAGUCUAUACUCUAAUAAUAUCGAGUUUAUCAUCCGCAACUACGAUUCCUUCAUUUACAUUUUGAAUUUAUUAGAAAAGUUAUAUUAUAUACGUCAUUUCUGCAAUUAUCUAGAUCUCGAUAAAAAUUACAUCGCUGCCAGUAAUAUGGAUAUUUCCAACACGAUCGCUAAUAUAUUAUCGUAGUUCGAAAUCUCGCUGUGACAUAUAUGCGAUCGGCAUGAGACGCGAAUUAAUUAAUACGCAUGCACGACUUCGGUAACCUUAAACUAUAACCUCGCGCGCGAGUGAAGAGGUUUAAUUAAAUCGAGGCUAUUACGCAAUGUUAAAAUUUAAUAAGGGAAAGAGAGGAGGAAAAGGGGGAAAAAGAGGUGAGACAAGGGCUACGCGUUUCCGCGACGUUCCGUUGUGGACAUUCAUUUCGCUCGUGAAGGGCUCGAAAAAGGGCACGAGUUCGCCGUUUGAGCAACAUACUACAAGAGACCUAUAUAAGAUUCGGCUAUCGAUCGCGAUACGGGCGCGACAGCGCGCGCAACUUGGACGAGGAGUUGGACGUGGCUCCACCAGGCUCCAGUCACACACUCCAGUGCGCUGUGAUGCACAGUGAUGCACAAGCGGGAACGAUGUUGGACGGGGCGCGGCGGGUCGUUCCCUUGAUCCUCGUCGCCGUGAUCCUCCACCGCGCGCACGGCGACGCGCCGAACGCGCCGAUCCGCGCGAGCGAGAAGAGGCACGGCGGCACGAGCGACUAUCAGAUGUGCCUCGAGAGCUUCGACAUCCACAAGGACAAGAUCAUCAGGACCCAGGACUCGCGCGAGAUGGGCGCCAAGUUCCUGACCGUGCUGGACGUCGACUCCAGACUGGACUGCCUCAAGUACUGCUGCGAGACCGAGCGCUGCGACGUGUUCAUCUUCGAGGAGAAGAAACCGAGCAGCUGCUACCUCUUCCAGUGCGGCCCGCUGCACGACUUCAAGUGCAAGUUUACGAGGCACGCCAAUUAUACCAGCGCCGUGCGCACGAGCUAUCCCAUACAGAAUGUGCAGGUGGAGGAGGAAGUCAGGAUAUCUCAGCAGGAGCACGAGUUAAAAUCCCUUAGGAAAAGCAACGAGAUCACGUCGGAUUACGGAUUCACGGAAACGCCUGUCAAGGCUGUGGUCACGCAGGUGGCAAAAGUGACAGUGACUACGCCAGCAGCACCGGUCAAGCCAGCUUGCAGCAGAAAUCAGUACGAGUGUCGUUCGUCCGGAGACUGCAUAGCCAUAUACAACGUUUGCGACGGUAUCCCGCAGUGCGCGGACGGCUCCGACGAGGCGGCGGAUCUCGUGUGCCCCACGGAGAAACCGACGGUCCCCCCGAUAAUACAGAUGCCACGUCCGCCCGCCGAUAUGCUGCGAUAUCAGCAGAUAGUCGACCAGCGCAAACUCCUGCCCCCGUUCUAUCCCGGGCCGGAGAUCAAUCCCAAGACCUGGGACAUAUCGAAUCUGGCCCAUCAGAUUCUGCCGCAGUCGCAUUCGCAAAGUAUUCUGUAUCCCGGCCAACCGGUGGAGGUGCAGCCGCAGAUGCAGAUGCCCAAGAAUUACGGAUCGUCGUCGGGAUACCAGUGGGAAUACCAGCCCUUGUACGAGCAAAACAAGGAUCCCUACGCUCCCGUUAAUCCUAUUCGCGAACAGCAUAUAAACCCCUACGAACAACAACCGCACAUAUUCAAUCACAAAGGCUCGAGCGUCAUAGGAAACAACGAGGCGGACAGAGGGCCGUAUAUGGAUUCCAAGCAUUCGUAUUCUCCGCAUUUUCCAUCGUCAAAUAAAGUGCCAGUUUGGCACGAGAACCCCGUACAAUUUGCACCGUCUGUCGCACCGAAUUCUGAACAUAAGCAACAGGCCAAUGAUGUGGAAAAUCUUGCAAUAAUUACGACGACGGCCGCUUGCGAUACCUCGGAGGAGCAUAAAAGUGAGUUGAUAAAUGAGAAUAAAGAGCCUGUAAAGAAGGAAGAAAAAACCAAUACAUACUUGACGCAUGUAAAGACGAGUAAACAAAUUACUGAAAGACCAACUUUAACAGCGAGUGAGGUUAUCAAACAUAACCGUGAAAAAGAGUCGAAAGAUCGUAAAACGGUGAUUGUAAUCGAAGAGCCCCCGAAGACACACGACAGAACUGACGUUAUUGCGGAGCAUCUUCAAAUAAUUGAAAAUGACGUUUUAAGGCCCAAAGGUGCCGUGGUGUCGUUGUCACUGGGACUUAUCGCGACCGCGAUCACGGCCGCUUUGAUCGUUUGCCGUUUGCGAGUGGUAAAACGGCGUGGAAGAUGCGGGCACGGACCUUUCGCGCACGACGCCGAUUAUUUGGUUAACGGAAUGUAUUUAUAAGCGAAUACGCGCGCGCGAGUUGCUUAUAUAAAUUUAACAAGUCUAGUCCGCAAGCUAGUCAUUUUAAUGUAUUUAUCUCAUGUAUUUUCGUACCACGUAUUUUCAUGGGCAAAUGAUCGAGAUCCCUGUCAACAGAUUUAUGUCACUCUCUAGAGGUAGAACCCUUCUUAUACCAUGCAUACUUAUUCAACGUUAAAUAAAAUUGCAAGUGUUUCUGUGAUUAUCGAUAGCAUUUUGAUAUAGAGAAAUGUAAAAAUCAAUAAAUUGAAUUAUUGUUAUA